AUGUUUCUAAUAAUGUUCUUAUUUUUAACUAUAAGAACUUAAGAUUAAUGUGAACCAUUUGGUAUAAGAUUAUUUUUAGGCCAUUACUACACAUUUUUAAAAAUAGAUACAGAUGCAUUAAGAAUAGUAUUCAAUACAAAAGUAAUAAUAUCAUUUAUUCUCAAAAGAGUAAAUGCAAUAAUUAUUUUUCGUUAUAAGUUAAAGGAGAUCAGGAUUUCAAUCUUACAAGUUACAAAACAAAAUUUUUAAAUAUGACUGAUGUUUAUGUUGAUACUAAAGCAAAUAUUUAAUACGAAACCUAUAUACAUACAUUUUAAAUACCUAUUCAAUAAACGUCAAAAAUACAGUAUAUUUUAAAAUAGAAAGACUCUUUAGUGAAAGAAGCCAUUGUGAAAUUACCUCAUCUAUAUUAAAAUACAACUAAAGUGCUAUUUUUUGGAGAUAUGGAUUCAAGUUGGAAACUAAAUAGAUCUAAGCCAACUUUUGAUUGGUUUGAAUAAUAAAUAAAGGAAGAAACAGAAUUUGAUAGUUUACUCUUCACUGGAGAUAUGGCAUAUGAUUUGGAAUCUGAAAAUUGCUUAAGGGGAGAGUAAUGGCUAAGUAGAAUUAGCUUAUUUACUUCAUAAUAUCCUUUUAUGAUUGCACCUGGAAAUCAUGAUGGUGGCUAUGAUUAUAAAUAAACUUUUCUUAGAUAAAACUUUUAAAUGUUAUAUCUAAAUGAAUAUGACACUUCUAAUUACUAAAAUAAUUUUUAUAGUUUUAACAUAGGUUUGGUACAUUUUAUAUAGUAUGACCCUGUUAUGAUUGUUUACAAAGCUGAUCCUAAUAAUAGUACUUAAGAAAGAUUGCUAUCUCAAUUCAAAAAUGAUUUGAUUUAAGCAGUUUAAAAUAGAUAAGAAGUUCCAUGGAUUGUUGUAUUUACACAUUAUCCUAUUUACUGCAAUUACAUGGAUGAUGAUUAAUGUGUUCAUAAUUUUCACUAUUUAGCUGAAUUUGAAAAGUUAUUUUAAGAAUAUCAUGUCGAUUUAUAUAUUUCUGGUCAUCAACAUAAUUAUUAACGAAAUAUGCCUUAUUAUUAAAACCACUCAGUUUCAUUCUAAAUAGACGGAAAUAAAUAUUAUAAUUAUGAAAGUCCAAUCUCUAUUAUUGAAGGAGCUGGAGGAGCCGAUUAUGGUCCAGAAAUUAUGAUAUGUAUAUAUUUUUAUUAAAUAGAUAACGAUUAACCUUAUACAGUUAAAUAGUUAGCAGAAAAUGGUGUGGGCCUAUUGUAAGUAAUGAAUAAAACUCAUUUAUAAUUUUAACAUAUACAAGUAUCAACAAAUCAAAUUAUGGAUGAAAUAUGGAUAAUUAAAACUAACGAAUCUGCCAACGAAUCUGCCAACGAAAGUGGCAUUUCAUUUAAUAUUUGGUUCACUAUCUAUAUAUUGGAUAUUAUGUUAGCAAUUAUUGGUUGCUUAAUUAUGUUUUUUUAUUUUAAAAAUAAAAGCAAUAAAUCAAAAAUCUAUAAAAAAGCUUUGGAUUCAAACUUAGUGUGA